UUCUCUCUCUCCAGACCCACUUCCUUUGCCCUGGCUCCUCCUUGUUGAAUAGCUGCCAAACGGCUUUGGUUUCGGUUUUCUGAAAAAGUCCAGCUCUGGGUAGAGACAGCUCAGUUGAGUGAAAGGAAGCGGUGGCCAGAGGCUGUGGACAGAUGGCUUUUUCUAGCCCCCAACCACCCUACGUGAGCCCGGCUGUUCCUUUUUCUGGGGUGAUCCAAGGAGGUCUCCAGGAGGGUCUUCAGAUCACUGUCCAGGGAACCAUUCUUCACUCCAACACAAACAGGUUCUCGGUGAACUUCCAGACUGGCUUCAGUGACAAUGACAUUGCCUUCCACUUCAACCCACGGUUUGAAGAGGGAGGGUAUGUUGUUUGCAAUACAAAGCAGAAAGGAAAUUGGGGGCCAGAGGAGAGGAAGAUACAAAUGCCUUUCCAGAAGGGGAAGGCCUUUGAGCUCUGCUUCCUGGUGCAGAGAUCGGAGUUCAAGGUGAUGGUGAACAAGAGAUUCUUUGUGCAGUACCCACACCGAGUGCCCUUUCAUCUUGCGGACACCAUCUCUGUUGCUGGCCCUUUGCAGCUGUCCUACAUCAGCUUCCAGAACUUCCCCGUGCAGCCUGCCUUCUCCAUGCCACAAUUCUCCCAGCCUGUGCGUUUCCCACAGAAGUCCAGGAGGUACAGACCGAAAACUCAACCCAUCAUGCACGGUAUCCCUGGACUGGUGUUCUCUAAUCCUGAACUAUCACCUAUAAUGGACCCCAACCUAAACUAUACUCAGCUGAUGUCCAAGUCCGUGACACUUGGUACAGAAUUCCCCUGCAGUGGUGGCUCUCGGCUCUCACCAGCUGACCUGUUCCCAUCCUUCCAACAGCCCAUUCCUUACUUCACCUCCAUCCCAGGUGGGCUGUUCCCAUCUAGGGUCAUCACUGUGUCCGGCAUUAUCCCACCCAAUGCUAAGAGGUUCCACAUCAACCUGCGCUGUGGGAGUGACGUUGCCUUCCACCUGAACCCACGUUUUGAUCAAAACACUGUGGUCCGAAACACUCAGAUCAAGGGCUGCUGGGGUUCAGAAGAGCGAAGCCUGCCCUUCAAAAUGCCCUUCAGACAAGGCCAGGGCUUCUUGGUGGGGAUCAUAUGCGAAGGUUACUGCUACAGGGUGACUGUGGAUGGCCAAUACCUGCUGGAAUACACCCACCGCCUGAAGGACCUGAGGGCCAUCAAUAACCUAGAAGUGGCUGGUGACAUUGAGCUGACCAAUGUGCACACCUAGGCGGGCUACAUGGGCUGGCAAUGGGCUGGGUGUGCUACUAUCUGUGUCUCCUCCCCCUCCACUUCUCUGUGGGGCCCCAACUUCCUGAACCCUGACAUCUCAGCAGAGGGCACCUCAGGUGUGCCAUGCAGGGGAGCCACCGGGUCCACACCUCCAGGCAGAGAAUGGGGGUCCUGAGCCUGCUGAGCCCCCAGUCCAGUCCCACACUACAUGCGGCUCUCAACCACCUUUCCAUCCUCUAUGCAGCCCCUUGGAGGGCCCAAGACACAGCUAUGGACUCCAGGGACGAGGUGACCUCCACAGUCCCCCAUUCCUGUGACCUUUACCCUCUCCCUUGGCUCUGUACCCUGCUGCAACACCACCCCCUCUGGCCACCCUGGUGACAUCCUAUUGGCUUCCACCAAGUGAGCAGAACUUUCUCUGCCAGGGAGCUCUUCCCUUUUAUGCCAUCCGUAAAAAUAAAGAAAUAAAAUGCUGUUGGCACACACUCA